GAGUUUAUCCUCUUACGUAACUUCUACUGCGGAUACCCUUUCUAAAACCCAUUUAAAAACCCAGCGUACUGAAUUUAAAGUCGACUUCUCUUCAUAUCAGUGUUUUGAAAACGCCUCCACACGAUCUCCAGAUAAACUUUAUUGGGGAUUUCCUGGCGCGCGGUGAAUCAGAUCAUCCAUCCCACAUUAAACACUUCCGGGUGUUUCACUUUUUCUCAGAUGUUGGUUUGAUUUGCUUUUGAGUCUAUCUUUUUUCUUUAUAACGUCAAGCGCCAUGUAGACGAGCGUGUGGAAGUGAGCGCGGUUUUGUUCUUCCUCAGUUCUGUGUGUUUUGUUAUUGUGUGUUUGUUUGAUCGAACCAGACAGAUGUGCGCGUGUACAUUAGUUUGGCCGUGUCCAGAUGUUGAUCUCGGGCAGAGUGAUAAUCCGCGGGAUUAAAUGCUGCUGCUGCUGUUUUGUGAAGUACCGUAUGCUGCUUUAAACGUCCUCGCCAUGAAACGACUCCUUCUCUUUCUGGCGUCUUUGUUUUUGACGGAGGGUUCAAGGAGACCCAUUAGGGAUGUCCGAGACGACGAGUACGACCAUCUCAGCUCAUUGCUGUCAGACUUUGAUGUACUUCAGCUGUCCAGUCUUCAACAUCAUUCAGUUCGCAAGAGAGACGUGCAGUCCCAAACACACGCGGAGAGACUUCUCGGAUUCACUGCAUUACAGAGGCAUUUCAAAUUGUACCUGACAACCAACGCCGAGCUCUUCACUCAUGACUUUAAAGCCGUGGUAGUUGGAGAAGAUGGAGCUCAAGAGGUGUAUGAGGUCCAGAGAGAAAACUUCUUCACCGGUCAUGUCAUUGGAGAGGAGAAUUCCAGAGUACAAGCCCAUAUUGGUGACAAUGAUUUUACUGCUCAUAUUCUCACUGAUGAAGCCGAAUACAACAUUGAGCCACUGUGGAGAUUUACAGAAAACACCCAUGAUAGUCGGCUGCUUGUGUAUCGUUCAGAAGACAUCAGGAACGUGAGCCGGUUGGCGGCUCCAAAAGUGUGUGGCUACCUCAGUGCAGAUGCCAGUGAAGUGCUGCCAGAGAGUCUGCGGGUAUCCAGAGCACUAGAUGAAGAUGAUCAGGAAGAGGAAGGGCACUUGAGAGAGAGAAGGCAGACGGUGGACCACAGUAAAAACACCUGCCCUCUGUUGCUUGUGGCUGACUAUCGCUUUUUCAGAAACAUGGGCCGCAAGGAGGAGAGCACCACACUCAACUAUCUGAUUGAGCUGAUUGACCGUGUGGAUGACAUUUACCGCAAUACCUCUUGGGAUGACGAGUACAAAGGUUAUGGAGUUCAGAUUCAGCAGAUCAUAAUUAACAUGACACCCACACAAGUAGAACCUGGAGGUGCUCACUUCAACAUGAAAGGCACUCCUGUGAAGGACAAAUAUGUCUGGGACGUCAAGAAGCUCUUGGAGCAAUUUAGCAUUGACAUCGCUGAUAAUGCAUCACAGGUGUGUUUGGCUCAUCUGUUCACCUAUCAGGAUUUUGAUGAAGGCACACUGGGAUUGGCUUAUGUGGCUCCUUCCAAACCAGGCUUUCCUGGAGGCCUUUGUUCUGAGAAGUGUCCUUCAUCAGGAAAUGACAAUCGUGCAAUUUACCUUAACACUGGACUGACCAGCACCAAAAAUUAUGGGAAAACCAUUCUUACCAAGGAAGCAGACUUGGUCACCACCCACGAGCUCGGCCACAAUUUCGGUGCUGUUCAUGACCCAGAUGAUGUGUCAUACUGUGCUCCCCGAGAGGACCAGGGAGGCAAAUAUGUGAUGUACCCCAUUGCGGUGAGCGGGGAUCACUCCAACAAUAAAUUAUUUUCAAACUGCAGUAAGAUGUCCAUAGCAAAGAGGCUGAGAGCCAAAGCCUCCACCUGCUUCAAGGAAAGGAACAGUAAUGUGUGUGGAAACUCACGGGUGGAGGAAGGUGAAGAGUGUGAUCCUGGACUGCUCCACCUCAACAGUGACCCCUGUUGCACUGCAAACUGCAAACUGAGACCGGGCGUACAGUGCAGUGACAGGAACAGCCCCUGCUGCAAAGACUGCAGGUUUGAGAAGCAGAGCAAGGUUUGUCAGGAACCAAUGGAGGCCACCUGCAAAGGAAGAUCUAAUUGCUCAGGAUACGGCAGCGAGUGUCCUCCUCCAGAGAAUCUGCCCAAUAAGACCAUCUGUGUGGACAACGGCCGCUGUCUGAAUGGAGAGUGCAUCCCCUUCUGCGAGGCCGUCAAAAACCUGCAGUCCUGUGCUUGCAAUGAGACGCACAACUCUUGUAAAGUUUGCUGCAAGGAUAAAAACGGUGUUUGUGCUCCGUAUAUUGGUGACAAGGGCAGCCCUCUCUUUCUGCGCAAAGGCAAACCUUGUACUGUGGGUUUUUGUGAUGGCGCGGGUAAAUGCAUGAAACAAGUCCAGGAUGUUAUUGAGAGGCUGUGGGAUUUCAUUGAGAAGUUGGACAUCAAUACUUUUGGGAAGUUUCUGGCAGAUAACAUUGUUGGCUCAGUGGUGGUUUUCUCACUUCUCUUCUGGAUUCCUCUCAGCAUUCUGGUGCAUUGUGUGGAUAAGAAACUUGAUCAGCAGUAUGAGCUGAGUACAAAGCCGCUCUUCUACCCCAGUAAUGCAGAGCUGCUAAGCAGUUUAGAGUCAGCCUCGGUGCGGAUCUUCAAACCUCCAUCAUCUGCGGGCUCAUUAGUGGUGCCACGCUUUCAUGCGUCUGGACCUCUGCAGACCAGCACUCCACCCGUCUCCAUCUCUCAAGUGGCUCCAGCCCCGAUCCAAACCCCAACCCCAUGUCCUCUCCCAAACAUAGAGCCUCAACGCAUGGCCACCAUCAAGGAAGACCCCAGCUAUGACUCCCACCUGGAUCAAAUCCUAGGAGAAGACUUUCCUACCUCCGGCUCAGUGUCACGGUCAUUUGAUGAUCUGACGGAGAACCGAGAGAACGCCAUGUCCUUCAGAGUAAACCGACAUCCACAGAGCAACAGCAAGGAGACUGAAUGCUGAAGCACAAAGUAUGCUUUUAUUUUGAAAUGUACACACAGGUGAACACACAAGCUGCGUCCGAAAAAAGUAUGUUCUAUAAAUGUAUGAGUGUAAGUAGUAUGGAGUACUACAUCCAUCAUUGGUCAUUAUCACUUGAGCUAACUGCGUCAGUUGCAUCGCUUGACUCAUUAAUUAUCUUACAUUGCAUUAUGGGAUAGUGUAGUGUCUAUUGGAUGCACACUUCAGAAUCUCACCGAAAGUAGUAGGUCAUCUGGGUCUUUCUCGCCAGUGUUGUGCUUGUUACUGAAAAAUAGUUACUAGUUACAGUUACUAGUUACUUCAUUCAAAAAUAACUCAAUUACUUUAUCGAUUACUUACACCAAAAGGUAAUGCGGGACUGUUAAAAGUAAUUUUGAGUUACUUUUCUAAAGAAAUUUUUAAUGCUCCAAUAAAUGCCCUUAUAACGUCACUUCAGUGCUGCAUGGAAAAUGCAGGUUUAAUUCAUUUGCAUUCUCACAACUGAAACCCAAAACACUUAAAUAAAAAGUAAUAUUUUAACACUCAUCAUAACACACUUGUCAUAAAAGCUUGUAUUUUACCCUUGUAUUUUUCCUUCACAGCUUGCAUAUGAAAAUAGUGACAAUAUACAACAAACACAAAACCUUUAUUAAAUAAAUAAAUGAAAGUGAUCUGAAUUAUCAUUCAGAAUUAAUUUGGUGAAACUCAGCACCAAAAAAAACUGCUAUUAUAGACAACCAUAAAUUUUAGUAAUUAAUAAUAGUAACAUUAAUAGUCUCUCAGUCUCUCACGUGCACAACUAGUCUACCUCGCACGCAUUUGGUCUCUCUCGCACACACACUCGGCCUAUUUCACCCGCAUUCAGUGUCUAUUGCACACACACUUGGCAUAUCUCGCACGCACCUGGUCUCUCUGCUUUCACUUUACUUUUGCCCAGUCUGGCGCCUCACA